AUGGCCUCCCCGUCUGUCGACGAUGACAGUCCAUCGGGCCCGACGACCGAACAACCCGCUUUUGCUUUGACAGCAGAAUCCAGUCUCAUCUCCGAAGGUAACACCAGAGCGGACUUGGAAAGCAAACAGCAGAAAAUUGACAACUCGGUCAAUCAUGACGAACCUGAGCGGUUGGUGUUGGCCGACACGGAAGACAGAGAUGAAAGCAUGCCGGGCGACGCACCCGUACCCCCCAGUGAUGACGACAACGAGAGCGUGAAUUCAGCUGUUGGGAACGAACAUAUAACGCUCAGAUUGAGAAAAGUUGCUAGCAAAUGGCGAAUCCACAAGAAUGCCAUUACCCGCGCGAAACCACCACCACCUGGUGGUGGCCCCCCGCCCCCGCCGCCCGACCCCGACUUCACAAACAUAAAAGCAUUGCGAGAUCAUGUCACUAUGAUGGAAUGGGUCUCGGGGUUGUUGGAGGACGCGCCAUCUGUGGCUUCAACGGUUUCAAGCUAUGACGAAGAAAGAAUGAAGUGUAUCCCAGAGCUGAGGGGCCUUAGCUUGUUUCGCUGGAACCGCCCGCCACCUCCACCACCCCCGCCAGGCUGGAAGAUUCCAAUCUCGAGAGAUUUAGACUACGCCAUUGUCUACUUGGCAGCCGAGCCACAGGGAUCUCAACGUUACAGUGCUUUCCCCAGAGCAGAUGCUGAUGAUGAAGAAGUAGUAUCCUCCGCAGCCAUGGCUGAGACACCGCGUCCGUACGGAAUUCAGCAUCUUCCACCACAGAUUCGCAUUUAUUCUUUGGCCGUGAGAAGGAUCUUGACAAGACUCACUGACGGUAAGCUUGGUAACAACGGAGUGGGCGGCUAUACCACAAUCUUUCGACCUUACAAAGUUCUGGUCUACCACGAGCAGGCUAUCCGGGAACAACUUGAGUUGUUGAGAAGUCUUUGCCUCGCAGGUGACCAGAUAGCUGGUGAGGAUUGUCUGAGUCCACAACAUGACACAGUGGAAGUAGAGGUCUCAGAUGACACGGAGAAAGACGUUGAGCCCCAAGACGGUUUGAAAGAUCAGUUCGAUACCCAUGGACAAGACAACCAAAGCGAUGCCGGAAGCAACAGCUUGAGCACAGCGACGGGCAAGUCUGAGCAGCGAACGAGGUCUGGUCUGAACGAAGAUCUUCUUUUCACGCAGGCAAAUUGGCAUCGUCAUUCCCACGAAGAGUUGCUAGAGGCCCAAGCAGACUGGAACGUUUUGGUGGGUUUCAUGGAUAAAUAUAUCUUCCUCCUUCGCGAAGCUCUAAGAGACCGGGACGACAUGCGAGUGCGGUUCUUCGAGCUAUGGCAUCUGUUUGUCCCCGGAGACAUGGUAUACGUCAAGGAUCCCAAUACCUCCCAGAAGCUAUGGCGCGUCGUCCAAGGAUCAGGAGGGGCUCCUUCGCCAGUGUUCCUACCGAGUUCCAAAAAUGGGACCCAUCUCGACUAUCUAAAGCUCGGGGGCACGGCAGGCACUUCCAAGCUAAGUCCCUUCACGUUGGAUUGUUAUUAUGUGGACUUCGACGGCACUCAUUUUGUUCGAGUGCUUAAAAGGUUUCAGAUUGAGGAUUUCAAAGAUCUGGCAAGUAUCAAGAGCCUUCCGAUUUUGCCUCUCUCGGUUGCUGAGCGUGAGGGGAUGGUAGACACUGAACGUGUCAGGCGUAGAGGGUCAACCUUCAUCUCGUACACUCAGCCAACCUACUGUUACUACAGAGGCCGAAGUCUCGGUCACGAGCCCGAGGGCGGUGUUCUUCGACGGCCAGAGCGAGGAAAUUUCAGCUCAGGGGCGAUGCUUUCGGAAAUCAUUGAAAGCCCAGUUGUCAUCGAUUUCGAACGCUGCUUGCAAACAAUACCUGAUUGGAAGCCCUGCAGAACGCCCAGAGAGCUUUCUGUGCCUUUCAAAGAGGCAGCGGUUCCCAAUCCUUUGUACGAUGACGAUCGCGGAUGGGAUUUACGCAUGGCUGAGGACGUUCUCAACUACACCGAUCAUUCCCAAACGCUUGAAUGGAAUAGCCGCUCACCACCCACCGGAGAUGAAGUCCUCUUGCUACCUGAUCGGGUCUUUGCAUACAUUUUGCGCACUCGUCGCUGGGCCUGUCUCCCCCUCAGCUCUGGAGACCUCGACCUAGAAGAAAACAGCUUAACCCUCAUGGAGAGGGAUGCUUCGGCAUGGAGCUAUCUCCAGAUCGACGAAAGACACAAGACAAUCAUCAAGUCGAUGAUGGAAACACAUUUUCGGAAGAAGAAAACAGAGAGGCGGCAAUUCGACAUCAUCAGAGACAAGGGAAAGGGACUUAUAGUGCUUUUGCAUGGCGUCCCGGGAGUCGGAAAAACCUCGACUGCAGAAACUGUUGCUCAGUUCUACAACAAGCCACUUUUGCCAAUCACUUGCGGUGAUCUUGGAAUGACCCCUGCCGACGUGGAAGCCAAUCUUCAGUCCUCGUUCCAGCUAGCUCAAGCUUGGGAGUGUGUUCUGUUGCUCGACGAAGCAGAUGUGUUUCUCGCUGAGCGCAGUCAAGAUAGCAUCGAGAGAAAUGCUCUUGUAUCGGUCUUUUUACGGGUCUUGGAGUACUAUGAAGGCAUUCUUUUCCUCACUACGAACAAAGUAGGCUCUUUCGACGAAGCCUUCAAAUCCCGUAUGUCAAUGGCCUUGUACUACCCUCCUCUCAGCCAAUCACAGACCGAAAAGAUUUGGGAGGUCCAAAUGAAGCGAACCGAGGAGCUUUCUAUCAAGGCCGCACCUGAUGACGAGUCUCAACAUGUCAGGUUUGAUACCGAUGACGUGAUAGUCUACUCCAGAGAGCUGUGGUCGGAACAACAGCGAGUACCUGAGUUCAGACCUGUGUGGAAUGGGCGCCAAAUCCGUAACGCUUUCCAGACUGCUGUGGCAUUGGCGGAGUGGCACCAGCACGAGCAGAAGAAGUCGCAGCCGAUAUAUGUCACGAGAGAACAUUUCAGGAGGGUUGCUGCUGUUUCGAACCAGUUCAAUGCAUAUCUUUGGGAGGUCAAGCACAGUCGCGGAGAUGAUACAUUGACGUGGAAGAAAGGUCAUCGGGCUGACCAUAUUGAUCCUUACCAAUUUGCACAGGGCAAUUCCGGUUAUGGAUAUCAGCAACAGCAGUCCGGCACCGGUCCAUGGGGUAACUCUCAAUCAUCUAACAUGGCGGCCUUUGGUGGACAAUCUGGGAUGGGUAUGGGAGGUUCCGGAUAUGGUGCAGUUAAUACGCAAGGCCAGAACAACUUUGGGAAUAACUGGCAGGCCAAUUCUGGCGGAGUCGGGAAUUCGGGAUCGGGGAACGCCGGUAUGUACAACGUUGGUGUCGGCAACUCGAUGGGCGGCUCUUCCAUGAUGACCCAGGGCAUGGGUGGCCAGAGCAUGGGCAACCAGUCCAUGGGUAACCAGCCUAUGGGUACCCAAGCCAUGGGUAACCAAGCCAUGGGUUUCCCAGGAGCAGGUGCUCAAGGCAUGGUUGCUAACAUGCAUCCCGGUGCAUCUAAUUUCCAAGGCAUUCCUGGUCAGAACGUGCCGGGCCAAAAUAUGCCGGGCCAACAAUGA